AUGGACCCAAACUCUGGUGUGCUUUCCCCUCCAUCUCCGGCCUGCUCCCAUCUGGCAGAACUCUGUAUGGAAGGUGGGAGAAGCCCAUCCGCUCAAGAGCAGAGCAGAGACUUCCCUUUUCCCUGGAGCCCGGUCCCCAACUCCAGCCUCGCUGACCCUGAUUGGUUUUGGGAUGAGCACAUCCAGGCAAAGAGAGCCAGAGUGGAGACCAUCGUCCGAGGCAUGUGCCUCUCCCCUAAUCCUCUAGUGCCGGUCAACAUCCGAGCCAGGGACAGCCCACGCUGCCCAGAGAAGGCCCGGGAGCGGAAGAGGAAGCAGAGCCUUCCCACGCAGCAAGGGCCUCUGAAGCCAGGCCCUGCCAGGGACCAUGGCAGCAGGAAGGGGGGCCCUCGGGUGAGAGAACAGCUUCAUCUGCUGAAGCAGCAGCUAAGACAUCUGCAGGAGCACAUCCUACAGGCUGCUGAGCCCAGAGACACGGCCCAGGGCCCAGGAGGCUCUGAGAAGGGGAGGGGCCCUCUGAGUGUAAAGCAGAGGAAUGGCUAUGGUUCUAGGCCCUGGGCUAAGGGCAGUGACCACCAGCAGGGUUCCAAUGGGGACUUCUCCAGGGUGGAAAAACACAGAGUAUCUCAGGUUGAAUACCAGUCUGAGGAACCCAGGUUCAUUCCUUCUGGAACACGGGCUUUGCUGGAGAUUCUGAGGAAAGAAUUGACCGGGGCAGUGUCCCGGGCUGUGGACUCAGUAUUACAAAAGGUUCUAUUGGAUCCUUCAGGCCAUCUGACUCAGCUGGGCAGAAGCUUCCAAGGGCUGGUGCCAGAGGGUAGAAGUGAGCUCUCACCUCCUAAGGGAGGUGCCUGUAAAGAUCCACUUCCUCUGGCUACCUUGUCCAGGAGGGCUCAGCCACAGGCUGGGGUCCCACUGGGAAACGUAUCACUGGCCAAGCUUCUAGAUUCUCCUAGGUACCCUGUCUCCCCAAGAAUGAUCCCUAACCCCUAUCAGGGUGCCCCAGCAAACUGUCCCUUGACUGUACCUUCCCACAUCCAGGAAAAUCAGAUUCUUAGCCAGCUUCUGGGUCAUGGACCCAAUGGUCACUGGAACAGCUGUCUUCCCCAGGACUCAUCUUCCCAAAGUCACCCCUCCUCAGAGUCUGCCCUGCAACCUUGGGGUGCUGUCAAACUGCGACCGUCGGUUUUGAGCCAGCAGCCGUACCCUCUGCCCUUCACUUCCACCCGUGUGGAAAGACUGCCCCUUCUUCCCUCGGUGAAGAUGGAACAGGGCGGCCUGCAGGCUGUCACAGAUGCACUUCCUUUUCCUUCCGUCCACAUCCAGGAGGGCCUAAACCCUGGUCACUUGAAGAAGGCCAAACUAAUGUUUUUCUUCACGCGCUACCCCAGCUCCAACCUCCUGAAGGCUUAUUUCCCUGACGUUCAGUUCAACCGCUGCAUUACCUCUCAGAUGAUCAAGUGGUUCAGCAACUUUCGUGAGUUUUAUUACAUCCAAAUGGAGAAAUUUGCCCGGCAAGCGAUUUCAGAUGGUGUCACAAAUCCCAAAAUGCUGGUGGUACUCCGCGACUCAGAACUUUUUCGAGCUCUCAAUAUGCACUACAACAAGGGAAAUGACUUUGAGGUUCCAGAUUGCUUCUUGGAAAUUGCCAGCUUGACGUUACAGGAGUUCUUCAGGGCUGUCUCCGCAGGGAAAGACUCAGAUCCUUCCUGGAAGAAACCCAUUUAUAAAAUUAUUUCGAAACUGGACAGUGACAUCCCAGAGAUAUUCAAAUCUUCCAGCUAUCCCUAGGAGUUGAUUCGGAAUUAAGAUCCCACAAAGUGAGGAGCAACUGGCCAGGGUUUUCUGAGUUUGUCUUAAAUGGCAGUUAGUAUAGCUGUAGUCAUAUAAAAAGGGCAUAAGAAGAAAUCCCCCAAAUAAGUACUAUUACCAUUUCUGAUCAUUUAUUUCCAUUUCCAGAACCAUCUAGAAGUUUAACUUUAACUAUAAAAUAUAUCAACCAAGUGUAAUGGUGUGUUGGUAGCAUAUCGUAAAGGAACACAACAGUUUGGAAUCAGAAGACUUAAAUCUCCGCUCCACUGUUUCCAGGUGUCGUGACCCUGGGAACUUGCAGGUAUCUCUGCACCUGUCAGACGAGGCUGUAAGGAUUAAAAGAUGAUAUGUCCUAAAGUACUCUAUGAAAUGUUACUCACUACACAAAUGUUAGUUUUUCCCCCUUGGCUUUCAAUAAGGUUAUCUUGUUUGGAUUUUUUACAAAUUGCUGGUUUUAGUUACCUAUUUAUCAAGCUUUACCUAUUUGCUAGACACUUUCAAAUAUAUUCUCGUUAAGCUUUUCAUCCUGAAAAGUAGACAUUAUCUUCAUUUAAAAAAUAACCAGACAGAGUUUUAGAACUGUGAGGUAACUCGCCAAAGUAUAAGGCUAGGGCAUUUGGGUUGGUAGGGAUGAUCAGGAGUGUGGAGGAACCCAACGCCUUCUGGUACCAGGCUGUAUGCAGGACCACCUCAUGCUGCCUCUCCUGAUCUCAAACAGGCCACCAGCCCCAGUAAGCAUCCAGCACUGAUGGGGCACUGUCAUCUGACAACCUCUGCCUAGCACUUAGAAGUGCUUCAUCACACAGGAUUUCCCCUGAUCAUUCCAGCAAGCCCAACACAAACUUUCUCCAGGACUUGAGUGUUGCUGUUCAUUCCCAUUCUUCUGCUGGAAGAGUUUAUCAGCUGGACAACCCAAAUAGUAUUUAAUUGACCAAUGCGAUUGGUGCCCCAACCUCCUAUGUGCAGAAGAAACUGAUCUUCAGACUGUGAAAGCUAGAAAAGGCCUUAGGAGAUCAUCUGAGCCAACCUGCAGAAACUAGGAAAGAGGAAACGGAGGCCCAGACAGGAGACUUGCAGAGCCUGUGCAUAGCCUCACAGACAAUGAAUGGGAUAACUGGGACAAAUACAGCAAUGACACACAGGAAUGGAAAUUCUCCCACUCCAUAAGGAAAUCACAGUCCAUGGUCAAUCUUUUACAGAUAAAGGAAUUCAUGAAAUCAACGUUUUUUUCCUUCCAGCCCAACACAAAUUGUGACUCACUCUGAGCAUACAGGCAAGAUGUCUGCAAAGCUGAGUGCCUGAAUCUGUCUUCUAAGCUAGUCAGAAUCAAGUCUUUGCCAGCCAGAGGCCUGCAGGCUGGGGUGGGGGUCACACAGGGCUCGGGCUCCGUCGUCCUGAGGAAGGGGUAUCUGGGACUCCAUUAGCUUACUUCUUUCCCAUCUACAUAAAACAAGUUUCCAUAUUUGACUACCCCACUUCCUUGACUUUCUGGGUGAACAGGAUCAGAUGAGAUAAAAUCUCUAAACUAUUGCAAGAUGUAGCAACAUAAAAAAGUAUGAAAUAUGACUUUGUUUUGAAUUUUCUCUUCAACCAGCUGAGAAGAAAAACAAAACAAACAUACUCAGCCCAAACCAAUCUUUUCAGUUGUUUUAAGGUUAUUUUUAAGUGUCCUUAAUACACCCAAUUGCACUCAGAUGAUCUUGGCCCUAUUUUCUCCCACAAUGUUCCCUUUACAAAAAUAAAGGAAUCUGCCAAAUCUCAGUUUUAAGAGUAGGCAAGCACUGAGUACCUUGAAAAGGGCAAUCAGUUGUCUGUGUUUGGAGAUGCAGAAGCACCCACCGUCUAGACUGACAGUGCAGAGCUAUUUAAGGCAUUCACGGGAAACGAUUCCAAGUUCACAUGAUUGUCUGAUACAGAGCAGCCGUUUUCUGUUCCGAACCUGAAAUUCAUUAGUGUACGUUUUAAAGACCAAGCCAAGCCACCUCCAGGGCAGUGAACCUUGUCCCCAGGACCAAUGAGAUGAAAUGCACAAGCUCAAAUAGAAAGCAUUUGUGGCCUGCAGUCUUCCCAGGCAGUGCUCUCUAACCACUGAGUUAAACACAGAAGAAUGUAUAAAUACAUAUGCUCUGCCAACAGAAGAAUUCUAUUUUAUUCUGUUUUUCUCUUUCUACCGAGUAUAUCUCUCUUGUUGGGAACACAGUCUGGGUGUAAGCUGAGAAGGUGAUCACGUUCUUGUAGCAGUCAUAACAUUGCCAAAGGUCUGGUCAUUCUUUCCAUUAAGGUAGAUGUGGGCACUAUUCUUUCCCAAAUUAGACAUGUUUAGAGUCUAGUCAAAUACUGCAUAAUUGUCUAAUUCUUCGGUGGUGGACAGUAGGGCCUGGACUGUGGUUUUUGAUGAUGGCACUAUUGAGGAGUUAAUGCCCAAUUAUCGAUUAAAAGCAGGCAGUUAAUGGGCAUUCCAUGCAGGAACACAGCUCCAAACCAGAUUUGUACAGUGAAGAGGCCAAAGGCAUCACCUGGGCAUGUGAGGG